AUGCACCAUUCCCUCCAUCAGUUUCUGUGCUUUGAAUGGAGCCAGCUCCAUCUACAACUUACAUCCGUGAUGCUGGACAUGGGGUCAGUGUCCCUUGCUUUGUGCUUAUUUUUCCACGACCUGGGCAUAUCGUUGCUUUCAGGAUUCAGUGGGAUCUGGUCCUGUCUGGAAGUGGCAAAGGCCUAUGUAGGGGGCGUGGUUGUCUACAAUGCACUGUUGGCCCUUUACCUUAAAGCUUGCUCAGCAAAUGGAAAUCUGUGUGACGUGAAACCCUGCCAAGUAACCAUACGGUUCUUCUAUCAAAAUUUGCCUUUUAACAUUGCCCAGAUGUUGGCUUUUUGUGACUGUGCUCAAUCUGAUAUACCUUGUCAGCAGUCCAAAGAAGCUCUUCACAGCAAGCCAUGUGCGGCAAACAUGGUUCCACCCCCUACUUGACUCGAUGUAAUUCACAGCUGCCGAAAUGAUGAAUUAUGCAGGAGACACCACAGAACAUUUCAGUCAAUAUGAUGGUAGCAUGUGACUGGAAAGUGCCAUGAAGAUGAGACUUACAUCAGCACUGUAAGCAAACAGAAUCUCACUUGUUCAGGAAGUGAUGACUGCAAAGCAUCUUACAUGGGUACCCUUGGGAUACUUCCUCAAGUGCAAAGCAUCUGUAAGACCAUUACACAAAAUGAGGAAUCUUUGUGCAAGAUUUUCCAGCACAUAUUUCAUAGAAAAAUCCUGCUUCAGUAA